UCCCGGGAGCCAUCUAAAUCUCCAAUUAUUAAUCACCCACCCCAAGUCCCCGAUCUCAUAUUCUCAUUGUUUUCACCUAUCGAAACUGAAAUAAAGUUGAAAAAUUAAAAAUUAUACGCAAUUCUGGAGCAGAACACCGUCUGAUCGACGAAUUACCGAUACCGGCUGCCAGCUAAUCGGAUCUCCGUAACCAAGCAAGCAAAUACAAUCAUCACCAUGUCAUCGACUUUCAGCGGCGACGAAACUGCUCCCUUCUUCGGCUUCCUUGGAGCUGCCGCCGCUCUCGUCUUCUCUUGCAUGGGCGCUGCAUAUGGGACUGCGAAGAGUGGGGUUGGAGUGGCAUCAAUGGGAGUGAUGAGGCCUGAGCUUGUUAUGAAAUCAAUUGUUCCAGUGGUUAUGGCUGGAGUAUUGGGGAUUUACGGGUUGAUUAUAGCUGUUAUUAUUAGUACGGGAAUUAACCCCAAAGCAAAAUCUUAUUAUCUGUUUGAUGGCUAUGCCCAUUUGUCAUCAGGCCUGGCUUGUGGGCUUGCUGGCUUAUCUGCUGGGAUGGCCAUUGGCAUUGUUGGUGAUGCUGGAGUUAGGGCUAAUGCACAGCAGCCUAAGCUGUUUGUGGGUAUGAUUCUCAUCCUCAUUUUUGCUGAAGCCCUUGCUCUAUAUGGACUCAUUGUGGGGAUCAUCCUUUCAUCUCGAGCUGGUCAAUCUCGGGCAGAUUAAAGCAGUUCAAGUCAGUGAUUUUGCGAUGCGCAUCAAAUAUGAUUCGAAAUUGGAGCUGAAGCAAUUGAAGUUGAUUGAGAUCGUGUUUUUCCUUUAUCUAUUUCCAAAUUAUAUUUGGUUUAGUUGAUUAACUCUUGUAUAUUCUAGAUCGGGUUCAUAAUUAUGGAAUUGUACUCUUUUGUGACAUGAUUUCUCUCCUCUGGUUACUUGAGGAAUAUAUAUUGAGCCUGGAAUAACCUAAUUCAGUUUGACUUGA